AUGCUGAAAUAUUUCCUGGCAGAGGGGCCAUCCGUGUUCACAGUCAUACUUUGCCAGGCAUUCGAUGGCGUGGCUUUGGUUGGUUACAUGGGUUGGGUAGCUUUCCAGUGUCUGCUCUACACUGGCCUCCCGGGACGUAUAUGCAAGGGGCAUACAACCCCGGCGGGAUACCUCUUGAGCUACCGAGCCAAUGGACUGUUGGCGUUCGGCAUUUCAGUUCUUGUGGCUGUCGGUUUGUCCGUCGGAAACGUCGUGGACCCGGCGAUCAUUGCUGCGAAUUGGGGGUCCCUUCUCCUGGUUGGCAAUAUAUAUGGCUUCCUACUAUGUAUUCUGUUCUACAUUAAAGCCAGCCUAUUCCCGUCUCAUCCAAAGGACCGAAAGUUUACAGUAGGCUCGCUGUUCUACGACCUGUACAUGGGGGUUGAGCUGAACCCUCGGUUUGGGAAAUUCUGGGAUAUGAAGCUCUUCCAUAUCGGACGCACUGGAAUGAUUUCAUGGGUUAUGAUUGAUCUUUCCUUCACGGUAUAUCAGUAUCGACUCCACGGAUAUAUCACGUCUUCGAUUAUGGUGGUUGACAUCCUUCAUCUGCUCUAUGUGGCGGACUUUUUCUUUCGCGAGGACAGGUAUCUGCGGACCCUCGACAUCCAACAUGAUCAUUUCGGCUUCUACUUUGCCUGGGGCUCGUCGGCAUUCCUGCCGGCCAUAUAUACCUUGCAGGCCCAAUUCCUGGCGCGCAAGCCCGUGCAUCUACACCCCACCGCAGCUGCCGCGAUCCUUGCCACGGGGGUUGGCGGGUAUUUGAUCUACUGCUCUGCAAACGAGCAGAAACAUAUAGCCCGCAAGACCCGAGGCAACUGCAUCAUUGCCGGGGGGAAGCCAAAGGUGAUGAGGUGCUCCUACCAGACUGCCAACGGGGUGAAGCACGAAUCUCUUCUUCUCUGCUCCGGGUGGUGGGGAUACGUGCGACAUGCCAAUUAUCUGGGAGAUCUUAUUUUAUCGUACGCAAUGUGUGCGCCCUGCGGAACGACUCACCUCCUUCCAUGGACGUAUGCCAUCUUCAUGACCAUCAUUCUGGCACACCGGUGUCUCCGCGAUGAGAAGCGAUGUUUGGCGAAGUACGGAAGCUCCUGGGAGAGAUACUGCAGCCAGGUGCGAUGGCGCAUCCUGCCGGGAGUGUUUUGA